GCCACAAGCUGAGCUACUAGAAAGCUGACUCAUCCCACUCAUGGAUGAAUGAAGAAGAGAAAAGCUUGACUGUCCAAUUGGCCAAAGUGUCCCCAAGGCAGAAGUAAUGGUCAAGUCAAAUAGGGGUUCAUCCUUAAGAGCAAUAAUACUCAAAUUUCCCCAUAUCCUAGAUUUGCCCCCUCAUUCAUUGAAUCUAGAUCCACAUGUCUUGUGUGAGCCUCGGAUGAAGCAAAAUAUCUUUGAACGCCUUGAGAUUUCCAUAGACUCCAAGGGCUAUAGAAAAGGCACUUACAAGCAGUCCAACAUGCAUUACAAAGAUGGUCAUUCAUUACAAAGUAAAAGCCUAGUACAUCACACUAAGUACAUCAACAUGGUAGCAUUCAAGUCCCUAGCAAAUCUAACUCCUAGAUCUCUCAAAGUAUGAUUGUUCAAUGAGUAGUUGCAUUCCUUUCCUUGGAGAAUCCCUUGAUUGCUAGAGCCAUAUAAAGUGCAAUGUGCUUGAGCUUUUGAUCUUCAAGGCUGCUAUUGGUUCUUGUCCUUCUAAGUUUGCCCCCCGGAUUUGGCAAUUGUGAAUGAUGGGAAAGAAAUGCUUGUAAUUGGAGAUCUCUUCAAUCCUCUAUUGGUCAAAACUCUCUCCAUGGAUGAAUAUUUCAAAAGGUGUCUCGACUGACAAAGAAUUGCACUUGACCAUGUAUGAAUCCAUAUUUUAAUUGUUGAAGGUAGAGAAUCAAACAAGAUUAUGGGAAUGCAAGACAAGAAAUAAACAUGGAUGCUAAACAAUAGAUGAAGGAUGAAGGAACAUAAAUAUGCUCUAAAGUGAUAAUGUGUGUGUGGUUGUAUCCUAAAGCAUACAUUUUUGGGAAUGCAAGAAAAGAAAUAAACAUGGAUGGGAAAU